UAAAAAGAAUGCAUGGAUAUCUAAAAUAUGAUGGGAAGCGUAACUCAAGAGCCAGACUUCCCAUUUCUUGUGGUUUUAGUGCUGUAAUGUAUCACCGGGUGCUUCUUUCGGUGCAGAAACACAGAACAGGAAACAAGAGUGAGCCAAGCGAGCGGAGACAAAACAUCAAGCAGCAGUUUUGAGCUCCACGAGCCCCUGAGAUACAAAAACUGCUUCAAGGUCGUUUGAGAGUUCAGAUCUUUGAAAACUACAACAGCUCCGAGAUGUUGGCGGCGUGUCCGCGGUAACGCGCAGGACGCACACGACACGGGUGCGCCGAGGAGCAUGGAGCAGGUGGAGGUGCAGGUGCUGCACGAAUUCGAGUACACGGCGAAGGACGGUCGCCUUGUCUCCAUCAAGGCCGGCGAACGCUACAUCCUGGUCUCCCAGACGAAUGAGCACUGGUGGCACGUCCGCCAAGACCGGCACGCCAGGCCCUUCUACGCCCCCGCGCAGUACGUGAAGGCCCUCCCGCCACCUCCCGGGGCCUCCCCUGGUCCUGGUGAGCCGGAUGAGUGUGUGACCGACGGUGAACCGGAGGUUAUGGCUAUUCUGACCCCACGUGAAGAGACAACGGUGAUCCGUGCGUCUGCGCCGGGCGCUUCGAGACAGACUCACCGCUUCUCCACUUUUGGUUUCUGUGAGAACGCACCAGAUGUGAAGCCCUGGGAGACUCUGCAGGACGGACAGACCACCAGCACCAGCAGCACCAUCACCACCAGCAGCAUCAGCAGCAGCACCAUCACCAGCAGCACCAGCACCAUCAGCAGCAGCUUUGCACACAACCAGGAUAAUAUACAGACACACAAUUCGACAGAGGCCUUCUCGUUCACGUCUGAACAUCUGGGUGCUGGCGGCCUGCAACUGUACGGGACGCCUCACCCCAGGUCAAAGGUCAAAGACGGACGGCGACGGUCUGAAAACUCCCCGCAGGAGGAGAGAGUCGAACAGCAGACACAAACUUUUCUUUUCGAUGAAGACAUGGACUUCCCUUCCCCUCCUAGGUCUCCCAUAUACGAGACCAUACCAGAGCUCAACAUCCCAGAAUGUUCUGAGCUGCCUGGUCCUGUUGCUUCGGACGACGCGUUAAUGGAUGAGCAGCAGAAUUCAAAUGAAAAAGCAGAAGCUACUUCUCCGACAGAUGGAGGUCCCACGCAGCGGGUGGAGAAUCAAAGUCUCCGGUCAGCCGUCUACGCCAAUGUAGCACAACUUCGCCAAAGCACCUCCGAGUCUCCCCCCUCGUCCUACUCGCCCUCCUACCUCGACCCAGAGGGAUGGGAGGUGCACGUUGACGAGGACAGCGGACAGGAGUACUACUACCACCCGCCCACGGGGCGCACCACCUGGGACAACCCCUUUCUGGACUCCCCCACGGACCCCGAGCCGCCCUGUUCCCCGUCGCCUCCUCAGUCUCCCGUCCUUUCUCCGUCCGCCGCCUCCCCGCCCGCGUGGGCCUCCGACUGGGAGCAGUUGGUGGAUGAGACCAGCGGCCGCCCCUACUUCUACAACCCGAUGUCUGGGGAGACGUCCUGGGAGCCCCCGGAGCACCUGAGCCCCUACCCGCCUCUGAUGGAGCCCAUGAGCGUGCACAGGUUUCACGAGGAAGGGCCGCCUCCCUUUCCCGAGGAGGACUACCCCGAAGGGGUCUACCCAUCUGCUGAUCCACCAGAGGGGUACGAGGAUCUCUUCGCCGCGGGCCCUCCCACUCUCCCUAGAGAGUACAGCAUCAGUCACGUGAGCCAGACCGUCAUCCCGCGGGCCACCCUGGACCGCAGCACCCCGACUGGUUGGACCCUCAAUGUGGAACCCAACGGGACCUGGGUGUUCACUAGCGAGCACUCGCCGGAGCAGUGGAUCAAGUCCGUGGAUGAUCGAGGGCAGACCUACUUCUACCUGAGAGACGGCUCCAGGUCUCAGUGGACCCUGCCCGAGGUUAAGAGCCCUCCACAGGCCUCCGUGGCCGCCGGCCAGUUCAGGAUGGAGAACGGCGUCGAGGGGGACAACGCGUCGGUCAUCAAGAACUGGAGGCACACCAUGGGACCCGGGCAGCUCAGCCCCUCGGCCCAGGACGAUGGGAGGUUCGUACCGACUCACCGAAGGAACACGUCCGACUACAGCAGCGACAGCUCCAGCACAGGAAACUCUCCGGAGACGCAGCACAACGUGCAGAACCUGGAGAAGGCCGGGAUCCUCAACAAAACAAAAGUGUGUGAGAACGGCAAGAAAGUACGGAAAAACUGGGCCCAGACGUGGACGGUUCUCCACGGAGGAGUGCUGACGUUCCACAAAGACCCAAAGUCUGCAGCGAUGGGGGCCUUGCACAAGACCAAUCAGAUCGUCCCGGAGGUCACGGUGGACCUGCGAGGAGCGUCGAUCGGCCGGGCGUCGAAGGACAAGUCCAGCAAGAAGAAUGUUUUAGAGUUAAAAGGGAAGAACGGCGUUGAGUUUUUGAUACAGUACGAUACCGAAAGCAUCAUCACGGACUGGUACAAAGUCUUAAUGGACACCAUACGGCAACUGGAGUACCUGGACCAUCAUUCGGAGGAGGACGACGGGGACAUUUACGAGAAGAUCGCCAUCACGGAGCGAGAUGACAAGCGAGAUGACAAGCUCCCCGACAAGCGGAGACCCUCCAGGCCGAGCGUCACGCACUCGUCCAGCUCCGCGGGCGACACGGACCAGAAGCGGAUCCGAACCAAGCUCAUGAAGUUCCUCAUGAAGCGGCCCACGCUGCAGUCCGUGAAGGAGAAGGGAUACAUCCGAGACAAUGUGUUCGGAUGCCAUCUGGCCACACUGUGCGCUCAGGAGAAUAACACAGUUCCUAGUUUUGUGGAGAAAUGUAUCAAAGCCGUGGAGAAGAGAGGUUUAGACAUUGAUGGACUCUACAGAGUGAGUGGGAACCUCGCGGUCAUCCAGAAGCUCCGCUUCAAGGCCGAUCACGAGGAGCUGGACCUGGAGGACGGCCAGUGGGAGGACGUGCACGUCAUCACCGGAGCGCUGAAGUUGUUCUUCCGAGAGCUUCCCGAGCCGCUUUUCCCGUACAGCCACUUUAACGACUUCAUCACAGCCAUCAGGAAUCCUGAUUACAAAGCAAAAGUGUCUCACAUGUGCGAGCUGGUCAACUCCCUCCCUCGGUCAAAUCAUGACACCAUGAAACUCCUUUUUGGGCAUUUACGAAGGCUCAUUCAAUACGGAGAGGACAAUCGCAUGACGGUGCAGAACGUGGCCAUCGUGUUCGGCCCGACUCUGCUUCGGCCGGAGAUGGAGGCGUCCAACAUCGCCAUGCACAUGGUCUUUCAGAACCAGAUCGUGGAGCUCACCCUGAACGAAUACGAGCGCUUCUUCUUCUCCAGCUAAAAAAAAAAAAAAAAAAGCCCGGCCGCCGCGCCUCCCACGGGCCAAACGUCCUCAAUGUGCUCACGUUACUCCAAGUGCUAGAUUGACCCCCUUCUUCGCGUUCACGUAAAAACGGCUUCAGUGCAACAUCCGAAAAUGAAACUCCCUCUUGUGAAAUAAGUUUAAAGGGCUCUUCAAGUUUUCUUCGCUCAGGAUAUUUGAGGUUUAACCACAUAUAAAUAUGAUUAAAUGUGGUAUUUUCUGAGAAUAUUUGAAGCCGGUCUAACCACUGUUUUGUCCAGAUUUAGUCCCGUAGGAGGCUGACACCGUUAGAUCCAUCUUUGGCAGUAUUAUAUAUGAUUGAGUCACGCGGGCGGGGGCAUCUCAGAGCUAUCGGGCUUGUUGCUUGGGUUGAAGAAAGAGUGCAUCAGAUUGCUCGAGCUGUCCUAAUCUUUUAAAGUAUACUUUCUGGAUAUUUGAAUUGUUUAUUUUUGGCAUUGUUGAAAUCGUGGCGAUAACAGAACCCAAGUCAAGGGUGCACGGAUGCAUUGAUGCUCUCCUCAAAGAAAAUGCUCGAUGAUUGCUACCAUCUUUAUUUUAGAAAUUGGAACGACAUUUAAAUAUUGUUUUGAAUUUAAAAUGACAAUAACUGAUAUUGUAUUCUAAUAUUGUGUAAUUUUUACCCAUGAAUUUUAAUGUAAUAUAGUAAAUGUAUAAUAAGAAAUAUUAAAAACCAACAUCUCGCUGUGAAAUAGAUGAUGACAUAGAAUUCGAUAGAUUAUUUUCCACUCAAUAAAAUGCCAUUUUUCUGUAUAAUAACACCAUAGAAAUAUAUAAACUAAUGAUACAUUUUUUUUGACAGUAAAAUCAGUCUGAACAUGAAACAGUAAAGUGGAUUCUCGAAAAGAUGGAUGACCUGUAAAUAGAAAUAGAAGGCAUAUUCAUGCUGUUAUUCCAUAAUAAAAAAUAACUUUGUAAAUAAAGUACAUCUGUUUAUGUA